GGGCUGGGCUUGAGAGAGGAUCAACAUGCCUUUGGCUAGAGAUUUACUACAUCCGUCCUUGGAAGAGGAAAAGAAAAAACAUAAAAAGAAAUGGCUAGUUCAAAGUCCAAAUUCUUAUUUUAUGGAUGUAAAAUGUCCAGGUUGCUACAAGAUUACUACGGUUUUCAGCCAUGCUCAGACAGUGGUUCUUUGUGUAGGCUGUUCAACCAUGUUGUGCCAGCCUACAGGAGGAAAGGCCAGACUCACAGAAGGAUGUUCAUUUAGAAGAAAACAACACUAAUGAUCCAUACAACUUCCUGAAUUUGUGUUACAUCGCAGAAUGCCUUAACAAUUCAGUAAUUUUAGUUAACCUACCAAGACAAUGGAAUUACGUUUGAUUUUGUGAGGUAUACAGCAGUGAUUUCCUAUUUUGGUGUCAGUUUUUCAAUAAAGUUUUGAUUACGCG